AUGUCGAGUACACAGCGGCGAGCCAGCAUGCGGAUCCCGCCCUUCUUCCGGCGUCUUUUCAAGUUCACGUCCAUGGACUUUGAAACGAAACAAACCAAAUCCACCUACCACCGCCCCGACCCCGCCUUCACCUACCUCCUCGCCCUCUUCCUCCUCCUCACCGGCCUCGCAUGGGGUCUGGCCUACACCUCUGGCGCCUCGGGCCCCAUUCGCGUCGCGCUCGUCUUUGUGCUCGGGCACUUCCUCGGCACUUCUCUGGCCGUCAGCACGCUGAUGUAUUUCCUCGUCGGGCGUGUACUUGGGAAGCGGAGGCAGGGGUUGUUUGGACCGGGCCCGCCGGGGCCGGGUGAGGAGGGGUUGGAGUUUGGGUAUUGUUUCGAUGUCUCCAUCCGCGCCUACCUUCCCAUCUGGGUCUUCCUCUACAUCCUGCAGUUCCUGCUCAUGCCGCUCAUAGCGCAGGACUACAGCUUCGCGUCGAACUUCUUCGGUAAUACGCUGUACCUGGUCGCCUUGGCAUAUUACUUUGUCAUCACCUUUUUGGGCUACAACGCGCUACCAUUCCUCAGCCGCACAGAAGUCCUCCUUGCGCCAAUCCCAGUGCUCGUCAUCAUCUGGCUCAUCAGCCUGUUCACCUUCGACUGCGCGACGAACCUGGCGCCGGUGCUGUGGUGUGGUGUUGGGUUGCGGAAGCCGGUGUAA